AUGGCUUAUUCAUUGAUUCCAAAAAGGGCGUUUGGGGAAGUUUUCGUAUGCUUGGUGCUUGUUUUGCAUAGCUGCAAUGGGUUUUAUCUUCCUGGAAACUAUAUGCAUACAUAUUCAAAUGGUGAAGAAAUUUUUGCCAAGGUUAAUUCAUUAACCUCUAUUGAAACUGAGCUUCCCUUCAGCUAUUACAGUCUUCCUUAUUGCAAACCCCUCCAGGGAAUAAAGAAAAGUGCUGAAAAUCUUGGAGAACUCCUGAUGGGAGAUCAAAUUGACAACUCUCCCUAUCGUUUUCGGAUGAAUGUCAAUGAAUCUACAUUCCUUUGCAUUACGAGUCCAUUGAGUGAGCAUGAGGUGAAGCUCUUGAAGCAGAGAACUCAUGACCUGUACCAGGUAAAUAUGAUUUUGGAUAAUUUGCCUGCCAUGAGAUAUUCUACACAGAAUGGAGUUAAAAUUCAAUGGACUGGAUUUCCUGUUGGGUAUUCUCCUCCAAAUAGUGAGAAAGAUUAUAUCAUCAAUCAUCUCAAAUUCAAGGUGUUGGUUCAUGAAUAUGAAGGGUCUGGUGUACAGAUACUUGGUACUGGGGAAGAGGGUAUGGGUGUAAUUACAGAUGCUACUGACAAGAAAAAGGCUUCUGGAUAUGAGAUAGUUGGUUUUGAGGUUUUCCCCUGCAGUGUCAAACACAAUCCUGAUGAAAUGUCUAAACUCCACAUGUAUGACAAGGUUGAAGUGAGCUGCCCUAUGGAACUUGACAAGUAUCAGAUAAUAAGAGAGCAAGAAAGAGUGGCAUUUACUUAUGAGGUUGUAUUUGAAAAGAGCAAUAUUAGGUGGGCAACUCGAUGGGAUGCUUACCUGAAGAUGCAAGGUGCUCGAGUGCACUGGUUCUCCAUCCUAAACUCACUAAUGGUGAUCUUUUUCUUAGCUGGUAUUGUAUUUGUUAUAUUUUUAAGGACAGUGAGAAGAGAUCUGACAAGAUAUGAAGAAUUGGAUAAAGAAGCUCAAGCACAGAUGAAUGAAGAGCUUUCAGGCUGGAAGCUUGUUGUGGGUGAUGUGUUCAGAGAACCAAAUCACUCAAAGCUACUCUGUGUCAUGGUUGGAGACGGGGUUCAGAUUACUGGAAUGGCUAUUGUUACCAUUGUAUUUGCUGCCUUGGGUUUCAUGUCACCAGCUUCUAGGGGAAUGUUGUUAACUGGUAUGAUAAUUCUUUAUCUUUUCCUGGGGACUGCUGCGGGUUAUGCUGGUGUACGAUUGUGGAGAACAAUCAAGGGGACUUCAGAUGGGUGGAGGUCAGUUGCCUGGUCAGUUGCAUGCUUUUUCCCAGGAAUUAUUUUUGUUAUUCUCACUGUGCUGAAUUUCAUUCUCUGGGGAAGCAAGAGCACGGGUGCAAUUCCAAUUUCUUUGUAUUUUGUCCUCCUUUCCCUCUGGUUUUGCAUUUCUGUACCACUCACCCUUUUGGGAGGUUUCUUAGGAACACGGACCGAGCCUAUCCAAUUCCCUGUAAGAACUAACCAGAUACCAAGAGAAAUUCCUGCACGAAAAUAUCCAUCAUGGCUUCUAGUUCUUGGGGCUGGUACCCUUCCAUUUGGAACCCUAUUCAUUGAGCUUUUCUUCAUCCUUUCUAGCAUAUGGCUUGGGAGGUUCUAUUAUGUCUUUGGAUUCCUGCUUGUCGUCCUCUUAUUACUGGUCAUUGUAUGCGCUGAAGUCUCUGUGGUCCUGACGUACAUGCAUUUGUGUGUUGAGGAUUGGAUGUGGUGGUGGAAAGCAUUUUAUGCUUCGGGUUCUGUUGCUCUUUAUGUGUUCCUUUACUCAAUCAACUACCUGGUUUUUGAUCUUCAGAGCUUGAGUGGGCCUGUAUCUGCUAUACUUUAUCUUGGCUAUUCGCUGAUCAUGGCCAUUGCAAUCAUGUUGUCUACUGGCACCAUCGGCUUCCUAACAUCAUUCUAUUUUGUCCAUUACCUUUUCUCAUCAGUGAAGAUUGAUUGA